GUCCCGGGGCCGGGCGGGGCGUGCGCUGCAUCGGGACCAGUCGGCAGCUCCUGCAUCCCGGGCGAGGAGCAUCCUCCGGGCGGGGGCCGGUACCGCGGCGCCUCCGCACCGGGUUCCGCAUAUUCGGUCACUCCGGCUUAUCCCGGACCAUGGCGGAGAUCACCACCGUCCACCCCAGCUUCGAUGUCUCUCCAGUUGUGGCAGGCCUCAUUGGUGCUACUGUCCUUGUGGUUUCUGUCUCAGUAACAGUUUUUGUGUGGACAUGCUGUCACCAGCAAUCAGAAAAAAAGCACAAAACCCCACCAUAUAAGUUCAUUCACAUGUUGAAAGGCAUCAGUAUCUAUCCGGAGACCUUGAGUAACAAGAAGAAAAUUAACCGAAUCCGGAGAGACAAGAACGGCACUCCUAAGGAGACUGGAAGGGGAAACAUUUUGGUGGAUGCUGCUGAAUCUGGUUUAAUAGGGUCUGAUAAAGCUUCAGAUGGGCCAAAUGCAGCUCCCCACAUUGAUCAGCUUCCAAUAAAAGUAGAUUAUGGAGAUGAACUAAGUCCAGAUCAAAGCCUCACCCCGGGAGGAAGUAAAACUUCCUCCCCGUCUUCUCCAGGGGAUGAUGUCAUGUUGGGAGAACUGACUUUCUCAGUGGACUACAACUUUCCCAAAAAAGCACUGGUAGUUACCAUUCAGGAGGCUCAUGGGCUACCAGUUAUGGAUGAACACACUCAGAGCUCUGACCCGUACAUCAAGAUGACAAUUCUUCCAGACAAAAGGCAUCGAGUGAAGACUCGUGUCCUUCGCAAGACGCUGGACCCAGUCUUUGACGAAACCUUCACCUUCUACGGGAUCCCCUACAGCCAGCUCCAGGAUUUGGUGCUUCACUUCCUGGUGUUGAGCUUUGAUCGCUUUUCUCGAGAUGAUGUGAUUGGAGAAGUCAUGGUGCCUCUUGCGGGAGUGGAUCCCAGCACUGGGAAGGUUCAGCUGACCAGGGAGAUUCUCAAAAGGAACAUACAAAAAUGCAUUAGCAGAGGAGAGCUGCAAGUCUCACUGUCUUAUCAACCUGUGGCGCAGCGAAUGACUGUUGUGGUGCUGAAAGCCAGACAUUUGCCAAAGAUGGAUAUCACUGGCCUCUCAGGUAAUCCCUAUGUUAAGGUGAACGUUUAUUAUGGAAGAAAGCGUAUAGCAAAAAAGAAGACUCACGUGAAGAAGUGCACUUUGAAUCCUGUCUUCAAUGAAUCCUUCAUUUAUGACAUCCCUGUCGAUCUCCUUCCUGACAUCAGCAUUGAAUUUCUAGUUAUUGAUUUUGACCGUACCACAAAAAAUGAAGUGGUGGGACGGCUGAUUUUGGGAGCACACAGCAUCACCGCAGCUGGUGUGGAACACUGGCGAGAGGUGUGUGAGAAUCCUAGAAAGCCAGUGGCCAAAUGGCACAGCCUGAGCGAAUACUAGCAGAGGUUGCGGCAGCAACUGACUCAUAGAACAGACUUAAACUUCGUUUUAGCUGUAGAACUAAACUUUUGUGAGCAGCAGCAGCUGAUCGGUUCUCUAGUGAUGUGAUUUUGCAGGGCACUAAAAUUCUAAAGAGCAUUAAAUUAAAAAAAAAAAUACCACAAAUAUAUAUAACAGUGUAAUCACGCUAUUGCAUGCCUAAUACAAACUGAAAUUAGUAUAACUACCAAUAUCAAGUUGCAGAUUUUAAUACAAUUAUCUGUCACUAUGGAAGUUGUGUUUGUGCCGAACUGUCUUUGCUGGUAUUCACCAAAAUUGGCCUGUCUUUUUUAGGCUUCUCCCAAAGUUUCUGAAUUCUGCUGUUUAACCUCUAGUUUCUUGUUAGUUUGCCUGCCCAUUGAUUCUUGCAGUUCUCUUCUUUACUGGUUUGGGAGUACCAACUGCAUUUUCAUAUAAAGGUGGUUUUGAAUUCUGCACUAAUGCAAAAGGAAAAUACAGGGGAAAAUGGCACUUUCCUUCAGAGAAAAAAAUAAUUAUCAGGUAUUAAAAUACUUACAUUGUGAUAUACUUGCUAUGGAGCUGUAAGGCUACAUCAAAGGUUUGCAUCUAAAAUUCAGACACCAACAAACUGAUCACUUUGCAUUUGCCACAUGGAAAUUAGCACAGACGUGAUCUUACAGAUUAUCAGAAUUGGAGGAACUCCACUAUAUUACAUUUUAUUUUACCCUGUCUGUGCAUGAAGGGCCUGAGAGAAACAAAAACUGGCAUCAUUGAUUCUUAAGGAAACUCUUGCUGAUUAUUUUAAACAUAAAAUCUGAAAUUCUACAUGAUUGGUAAGUUCUGUUGUAAUGGCGUAACACUGAGAUCAGAAAAUAGCUUGUGGAAAAGAGCUUUAAAGUGAAAACUUCACCAACCUUCUCUUAAAUUCAUAUCUGAGUGAAUUUGCAUUACAUAUGACAGCUCUCAAAAAAAAUAACUUAGGGCAAAGUCUGUCACUACAGAACAAAGUCUUCAAGAAGUUAAUUUUUAGGAUUUCAAAGCAGCUUGAGUUAGCUCUUAAACUGUGAAUAUGACUUAGAACAUGCUUACUAUCGCCUCCUCUGAAAUGUAAAAAAAUGUUACUUGAUAAAUACAACCUGCAGCACUUCAGGCUAUUAACCCUGAAUAGUCAGUAGUUUUGAACAGAAGUUCAUAAAGUUCCAGAAAUAUGAGUGAAGUUUGGAAAGAGCUGCAUUAGAUCUCACUGUAAACACACUAGCCUGACAUUUUUUUUUUAAUAUCAGAUUAAUAUCUGGGCAAGUGACAUGAUUUGGCUUCUUACUGCAUUCAAGCCAGGAAAGGAUGAUAAUUGGCAGCAAAUAAUGAAUUGUAAACAUUGCUGGUAAGCUGAGUGUAAAUAUUCAUAACAAGCUGUAGAAAUUCAAAUUAUUUCUGAAGUCUCCAGUGGAAAUAUAAAGCAGAACUGAGCUUGCGAAGAGGCAUGUAGAAGACUCCAGAUUUUCAGUAUUCAUUUAGUUGCAUCCAGGCAGCCAGUCUGUUCUGUGCCCUGUGGAAUGUAAAUAAUGUACCAUAAUUCAAAAAAAAAAAAAAAAAAAAAAAAAAAAAAAAAAAAAAAAGAUAAUUUAACUCAUUUACAGGUCUUGACUACUGAAUUUUAGAGCCCUCUUGGAAAAAUGAUCCUUUCCACCUUCUUACUUGUGAAAGUAGAAUAAUGGAGCAAGUCUUAGUUUUCUUUCCAACCAAAAUGUAAAGCAACCGCUGCUGGGAUGGCUCUUCAUGUGAACAGUUAGCACUUUGUUAGUUGCCAAUACUUUGCAUUCCUUCCUUAGAAAUUAUUUUUGGAAAGCUGAAUUUUCUCACUCAUAACGAGUUACUCAUAGAAACUUCCUUCUAGACAGUGUCUUUUAGCAACAGAAGUUGCAUUGAAUCUGAAGCUCUCUAUUUGUCACUCUUGCAUGGCAGAUGGAAGCGUGAACUUUUGUUAGUGAUUAAUUGAUCUUGAUCACAAGGAUUUUUGCCUGAGGUUAUAGUAGAUUUUAUCUUUGUCUUAAAUGCUUUCUAGCUCAUGGUCUAUUGGUGGCUUACAGCCACAAAGGACAAUUCUCCUUUGGAAACUGGUGUAGAUCUAUUUAACGCCUCAUUUUUGCACUAAGCAAUUGUGUUGCUGAAGUUUAGGAACUUUUCCUCAGAACUGUGCUUUCCAAUGCCGCUCCGAACACCUGAAUAGAACACACUAACAAACAAACAAAAAAAAGUUCCCUUUUUUCCUUCAGUGUGAAAAGCAUGCUUAAGCCUAGAUGAUCUGUAUAAGAUUCUUUUAGCUGAAAACGAAAGAUGAACUUCUUUGUCAAGGAAACAUGCUCAGGGUGAAUAGACGUAGGCGAUCGGGCAGGUAGAAGUAGCUCCAACACUUCUGGAAUAAUAGGAAACUGAAGAUGUGCAGAUAUAUAUAUUUUUAAAACGUAAAAUAGACAGUAAGUGACAGUGGACUCACUGUAAAAUCUCCCAGAUGUGGUUAUUCUUUACCUUGUGUCUUCUAUUGUAAAAUUAACUUGGACAGUUACAACUUUGUGUGAAAAAAAAAAAAGAAAAAAAGUCAAAAAACCUAACUCAACAUGUGUGAAACUGCAUAAUGCUAUAAGCUACUUGACAUUAUGUAAUGCUAUCUUGUAUGUUGAAUUUGUUAACGCACAUUGAGCGUACAAAUAAAAAUUAAAUCACUUUA